UAUUCGCCUUUCGAGUAGCAUGGAACGUGCUUCUAUAUAUAUGUAUAUAUAAACUGUUUAACCUUUUUCAAAAUAAAUAGCAUAAUGUCAAACGGUCCUUGUUCUAUUUGCAUUACAAAUAUGUCUUUGAAACUACUAACAUCGUUAACUUAAAUUAUCUUAUAAACGAAAUAAGAAAUCCGACUCAAAUGAUCAUGCAUUUUGAAAUAAAAGUUUUAUGUAUCAAAUAUGGUCUAUUAAUAAAUUGCACAUACCAGUUGUAGUUCUAUGUAAAGAAUGGUGACUUGCAUUAUUUAAUAUGUAUUGCUAACAGUAUAGUGCACUUUAUGCCCUACAUAUCAGCGUUUACUAUUGCGUGAGCAAAUGGUUUACUAUUAUAUUUACAUGGUAUAACAUUUCUUCCGGAAUUAAAAUGCAAAAUAAUCAAAUGAGGUACAAUUUACAGCGUAAAAUCUACUUGAUGUUGAAACAUGAUGUUUUAUGACAUUUACCAUUGGAAUUCACCUACGAGACAAACUGAACUUGCGGUAGACAUUUGUAAUUGUAGGCGGUCACACUAGUUAUUUUCAACCUAAGCAAUUUCAUCAUGAUUUGCGGAUUCUGGACCUUUUUGUUUCUUGCUUGCGUUUUGGUAAAAGGAAUUGUUACAGUUGAUUCAACAGACACUGGAAACUCGUUACUGGACAAAGCCUUAUCAAAUUAUAAUGAUAAGGAAAAACAAAAUAUCAUCCAGAAUUUUGAAUCAAAAUUGCUACAAAUCUUUGGACUAAAGAGCCGACCAAAGCCAAGUUCUGAUAUUAUAAUACCUCAGUAUAUGAUAGACUUGUAUAACCAACAGAUCUCAGCGUCAAAUAAUUUACAGUUUGCAAAUAGCAAAGCUGCCAGUGCUAAUACGAUCAGAAGCUUUAUACACACAGAUAAACUUGAUUCCGGAUCAUGUAAUGAAGAUAGCUGUGUCAGGAUGGAAUUUAAUAUCUCUAAUAUACCAGAAGAAGAAGUGUUAACUGCAGCAGAACUUAGAGUAUUUUUGGAUAAACACAUUAGUGCUAAUAAUAUUACAAGAAGAAAAAUACUUAGACACAAAAUAGAAGUGUAUGAAAUUAUGCGACCGGGAAACGCAAAUGUUGAUCCAGUUACGCGACUUGUAGAUGUCAAACACGUAAAAACUAAGAAUGCAACAUGGGUUUCCCUUGACAUUCACCCAGCAGUAUUAAAAUGGCGUAAAACACCAAAACAGAACCAUGGAAUAGAAGUGCGUAUUAGUUCCAGCAAACUGUCUCCGUCCUUACAAAAUUUUAAACAUGUGCGUUUACGGAGAUCAGCAUCAUUAUCAGAUUCAGAGUGGCAUUCACAAAGACCUAUUUUAGUGACAUAUUCAAAUGAUCAAAUACAAAGCCGGACUAAACGUGCAUCAAAUAAAAAUAGAAAUAAGAAGAAAAAUAAAAAGAAACGAAAAAAUAGGAAAAAUAAAAAGAAGAAAUUUAAAAAUGGAUGUAGUAGAAAACCUUUAUAUGUAGAUUUUGAUAAAGUAGGUUGGAAUGACUGGAUAGUAGCACCUUCUGGAUAUAACGCUUUUUUCUGUGACGGCGAAUGUCAUUGGCCAUACGCCGAUCAUUUAAAUGCAACAAAUCAUGCAAUAGUGCAAGACUUAGUUCAUUCUAUAGAUCCACGGUCUGUUCCUAAACCGUGUUGUGUACCAACAGAACUAUCACCUAUUUCAUUGUUAUACAUUGAUGAACAUGACAAAGUAGUACUAAAAGCUUAUCAAGAUAUGGUUGUAGAAGGUUGUGGAUGUCGGUGACAAAAGGAGAACUUGGUUGUUAUUUAUUUGUUAAAUGUGAUAUUUAUUUAUUUGUAUGAAAUGUUAUUGCUGUGUGUGUAUCAGUGAACGAAACAUGAAUGCGAAGGAUGCAAGAAGAAGAGCGAGAGAAUGGACUUUAUGUGAAGUCCUUAAAUAUUUCAUGAAAAGCAAUGUCAUAGCGUUCAGCAAUUUAUUGUUAUUAUUUAUGGUGCUGAUUUAAACUAAAACCUCCUGAUGCAUUUUAAAUCGCUGAAAUGUGCAUGUUUCUAUUCAUACAUUUAUCAUAAUAUCAACUCUGUUUAUGUACACGGAAAACAAAAUCUACUACCUGUUUAGUAAACGCAUCAUAUUCUUAUUAUUACUUUUUAUUUUAAAGUUCGUUUAUUUUCACAUCUUCUCUCAAAACAUUUGAAUGAGUGUGAUAUUCUUGCAGUCUUGUACGUAUUUAAGCUGAGCGCUCCGAUAAAGUAUUUUAUGUUACAAUUGUAUAUACAGUGUUGUAUAAAUAAUGACGACUUUAUUAUGGGUAAUAUAAAAGUCAAAACUAA